GAGCGCCGCGCGCAAUUCAGUCGCGCGCCGACCGUCGUAACGGCAACACGUGAGAGAGAUCUGUGUCGGUGCCCGAAGCACCCGCCCUGACGUUGUGUCCGAUUAAGUGCACUGUGAAUUCUAAGUGUAACAGUUUGUGUGACGAAUAAAUUGUGAAGUGCACUAUGAUGUUUUGUGCGUUAUGAAUGGUUUGGAUCGCUGCUUCUUCGAUCAGCGUGAGUCGCAAUUAAACGGAGAUGACUGCGGUUACAGUUAUAUAAUUAAUCGACGUUAGGCGAUGAUCGUACAAAGGCCUGGGCCGGCUCCACCCCUACGGCUCGGGCAGUGGCUCCAGUUCCGGUAGCGGCCGCCGCGCACGGCGAGGUCUCUCCGAGUCCCCAACCCCCACCACACCCACCUCAGCUUCGGACAACGCCUCUGACGCGACCCUCACGGACUCCGAGCUGCCUCUCGCGAGGGACUCCACACUGCUGGUGCAAAACGGCAUGCUCAGAUCUACAUACGAUCGGCCCGACCACGAACGUUGUCUUCUAGAAGGGUCCCGGCCCCCUCCCGAUGUGCCUCCCCGCAACCCAACGAUGUCUCGGCUAAACGGCCGCAUCACUGGCAACCCAGCUGACUUGGGAGACUUCGAACCCUCGUGUCUUGUACGCACUCCUUCGGGAAACUUCUACGUGCCUUCAGGUGAACUGAACACGUGGGACAUACAAAAGAAUCCGUCUAUGGACUAUAAAUCAAAUUCGUCGUGUAGCAGUCCAGGUAAACAAGAAAAGGGAACGCUAGAAAGGAUGGAUCGAAGUGAUAGACAUCCAGCGUUCGGGGCGCCUGUCCCUGUGCUUCCUGUGAGAAACAACCUCCGGGCCACGCACUUCCCUCCAGCGGCCUCGAGGUUCCACUUUAGGAAAGGCCUAUCUUCAAGAUGUUCGUGGAAGUGUACUGCAAUAGUGUUUAUAGUACUAUUUGUUCUAUUAUUAUCUAUUGCUUCUUAUAUGUCAGCUUCAUAUUUUACGGACAACUGGUCGUAUGAGAAUGCGAAACCAUGUUCCGUAAUCGUUGGAGAUGUGGACAAAUUUCAAGCGUCUAAAGCGACGACGCUUGAAUCCAGUAACAAAUCAUUACCACGAUCGCACCAGAGCUCGACGUCGUCAGCUACAGGUAAAGGGAGUGACCAUUCACGCGCUCGUAGAAGUGUAGACGAGCAUGCUUCUUUGUCUUCUGUUUCUUCCACGGAUUCUUCCACUGUAGAUAUGCAUGAACUAAUCACUCCUCCUUCCUCGACCACUGUUAGCUUAGUGCAUGGUGUGUCAGCUGACGGGAGUACUGAAUCACAAGAUAAGGGCGCUUCUAAAGCUUCUGUAUAUAGUGAAGUGGGCGCUAUGGGUGUUAAUGCCAAUGUAACUAAUAACAAAUCGAUAAACGUUCAAGAUGAUAUAAAACCUACCACUAAGGAAUAUACCACUUCAACGAAAAUUGAUAACGUAACUAAUACUGCAACACUUGCACAUAGCGAAAAUAACAUAACCACUACUAAGGAAUAUAGAACAUCGACAAAAACUAAUAAAGUGACUAACAAAGCUGAAAUGUUCACGGAAAUGCCACCCGAGUUAAAAAUUCAAGGGAAAGAUGCAAUAGCCUAUGAUCCCGAGGACAUGCAAGGCGAUGCUUAUCCAUCAAUUUAUUCGUACGGUGUUCAAAAGCUUCAUUAUUUAAAACUUCUCACAAGGUUAAAUAAAGAGCUACAUAUUGACUCUGAUGAUUUAAAGGAAAACCUUGAAAAAGAUCACUAUGAUACUCAAACAUCGAAAAGCAUCGGAACAAUAAUUUUACCUGUAAAUAAAACUAAUGAACAGCGUUCUACGCCUCUACUAAUGAGUGAAGCAACCACAGAACUGAGUAAUAUUUUUACAACACAUGUUGAUAACAUUAAAACUAAUUCUGAUGUUUUAUUAACCCAAACUACGCAAAGUACACAUAAUACUCUCAGAGUAAAUAAUACAACUUCGGAAUCUAUGUCUGCAACAAGUACUACUCUUACAACAGUUACUAGUUCUACUUCUGCUCCUAUUACGACAAAUGAAUCAUCUACAAUCAAUGUUGCUUCUGAAUCUAAAACAGAUGUGCCAGUGAACGGAAAGCAUGUAUUAAUUAAUUUAACAUUAUCAUCAGAUGACGCCACUAAUGGUGAUUCAUAUAAACCUUUUUAUUCCCUAACAGUAAAAAUACCAACUGUUGGCGAUUCCAAUGAAAUUCCCACUGUUAAAAUAACACCGAUCGAUUUAGAACCAACAGCGCCCACAAACUUCAAUAAACCAGUCACUAUUGAUGGAACGAAAACAUCAAAAGAAGUUAAUUCUGAAGAUUGGGGUGGUAGUUGUGAAUGUUCUUGUCCCGUGUGUGAAAAUAGCAUAACAAGUGACGAUUUAUAUGACGAUGAUACAGAGAAAACUACUCCUGUUAAUACAGACAGCACAGCAACCACAAAUGAUUCGAGUCAAACCGAAACCGAUCAUACUAAAGAGAACACAGGUUCGAGUUCUACUGAAAGUGACUAUAGCACUACAACAGAGUAUGCAAAUGCAACUGAAAGUGAUCAAUUUUCAUCUACAACCGAUUCGACAACAACAGAUGUAACUGCAGAUUUUACAACGAAUUCAGCCACUAUUUCUACAACUGAAGCACCAAUACAAUGCGUAUGUCCAAAAGUAAAGCCUCCACCAAUCCUAAUAUUGGAAGGUGCGCGAACAUUCCCAGCGCAGUCUUUUCCGCCAGAUGGGACAACGUUCAAACAGAUAACUUUAGGUGAAAAAUUAUCAAAAGAAAUCCCUCCAUAUAGCUAUUGGAACAUGCAGUUCUAUCAGUCAGAAGCCUCUUACGUGAAAUUCGACUACAUGAUACCGAGAGGGGCGUCAAUAGGCGUGUACGCGAGACGCAACGCUCUACCCACACAUACACAGUAUCACUUUUUGGAAGUUCUAAGCGGAUUUAAGGCUAGAACUACGAGAGCCUCGCACCCGUCCAUUAAGAAGGAAGUGACACACUAUAUGGAACAAGGGCACUGGUUCCUGUCUCUAUACAACGACGACGGCGACCCACAAGAAAUCUCCUUCAUCGCGAUAAUCGCGGAUGAUAUGACGCACAACUGUCCGAAUGGCUGUUCCGGAAAGGGAGAAUGUUUGAUGGGACACUGCCAAUGUCAGCCAGGCUUUGGAGGAGAUGAUUGCAGUGAAAGUGUAUGUCCGGUGCUGUGCAGCCAACGAGGCGAGUACAUAAACGGCGAAUGCCAAUGCAAUCCCGGCUGGAAAGGCAAGGAGUGCUCGCUGCGACACGACGAGUGCGAGGUGCCCGACUGUAACGGCCACGGGCACUGUGUGAACGGAAAGUGCUCUUGUGUCAGGGGGUACAAAGGCAAGUUCUGCGGCGAGGUGGACUGCCCGCACCCCACGUGCUCGGGGCACGGGUUCUGCAUCGAAGGCGUGUGCGUGUGCAAGAAGGGCUGGAAGGGCGGCGACUGCGCCACCAUGGACACGGACGCGCUGCAGUGCCUGCCCGACUGCUCCGGCCACGGCGCCUUCGACGUGGAGACGCAGACCUGCACCUGCCACGCCAGGUGGUCCGGAGAGGACUGCUCCAAAGAGGUGUGCGACCUGGAGUGCGGCGCGCACGGGCGCUGCGUGGGCGAGGCGUGCGCGUGCGAGCCGGGCUGGAGCGGCGAGUUCUGCACGGCCAAGCUGUGCGACCCGCGCUGCGGCGACCACGGCCAGUGCAAGAACGGCACCUGCCUCUGCGUGUCCGGCUGGAACGGGCGCCACUGCACGCUGGAGGGCUGUCCCCGGGGCUGCGCCGGCCACGGCCAGUGCAGGGUGGCCAACGACGGCCACUGGGAGUGCAAGUGCUUCGACGGCUGGGACGGCCCCGACUGCACCACGCUCAAGGAACAGAUCUGCGACGAUUCCAAGGACAAUGAUAAAGACGGCCUUGUGGACUGCGAAGACCCCGAAUGCUGCCAAACAGCGGCGUGCAAGACGAGCCAACUCUGCGUAUCUUCCCCCAAACCCACUGACAUCCUGCUCCGGAAGCAGCCGCCAGCGAUCACUGCGUCGUUCUUCGAGCGAAUGAAGUUCCUCAUAGAUGAGGGUAGCUUACAAAACUACGCGAAACAAGAAACAUUUAACGAGAGUAUGUUUUGGAACCACUUCAACACGAGUCGGUCAGCGGUAAUCCGUGGUCGAGUUGUUACCUCCCUGGGGUCAGGGCUGGUGGGGGUGAGGGUGUCGACCUCCACCCCGCUGGAAGGGUUCACCCUCACGCGGGAGGACGGAUGGUUCGACUUGCUGGUCAAUGGCGGAGGAGCUGUAACUCUGCACUUUGGGAGAGCGCCCUUCAAACGGUCUACACAGGUUGUCUUCGUGCCCUGGAAUGAGGUGGUGAUAAUCGAUGAAGUAGUCAUGACGACAUCAGAUGAGAAGAGUGGAAAUGGUCCACCAGCCGCUUGCCUCGCGCACGACUACGAUCUGAUGAAGCCGGUUGUUCUUGCCACUUGGAAACAUGGCUUCCAGGGGGCUUGUCCAGAUAAGAGCGCGAUUUUGGCUGAGUCACAGGUGGUCCAAGAGAGUCUCCAGAUCCCAGGCACAGGCCUGAACCUUGUGUACCACAGCUCCCGAGCGGCUGGCUACCUGUCCACCAUCCAGCUCCAGCUCACCCCGGAGAAGGUGCCGCCAACCCUCGCCCUCAUACACUUGCGGAUAACCAUCGAAGGAAUCCUCUUCGAGAAAACCUUCGAAGCGGACCCAGUUAUCAAAUUCACAUACCCUUGGAAUAGAUUGAAUGUGUACAGGCAGAGAGUGUACGGAGUGACCACCGCUUUGGUUAAAGUCGGUUAUCAGUAUACUGACUGUAAGGACAUCAUUUGGAACGUGCAAACGACCAAAUUGAGCGGACAUGACAUGAGCAUAUCUGAUGUGGGCGGCUGGAACUUGGAUAUUCAUCACAGAUACAAUUUCCAUGAAGGCAUCCUGCAGAAGGGCGACGGCACGAACAUCUACCUGAAGCAGGCGGGGCGGGUGCUGGCGACGGCGCUGGGCGACGGGCGGCAGCGCGCGCUGGCGUGCGGCGGCGCGUGCCCGGCGCGGCUGCUGGCGCCCGGCGCGCUGGCGGCGGCGCCCGACGGCAGCCUCUUCGUGGGCGACUUCAACCUCGUGCGCCGCCUCGCGCCCGACGGCGCCGUGCACACCGUCGUGCGCCUCAAUGCCACCAGAGUAUCCUACCGCUACCACAUGGCCCUCUCCCCGCUCGACGGCACCCUCUACAUCUCGGACCCAGAAUCCCACCAAAUCAUUAAGGUCCGCAAUAUAGACGACUAUAGCGACCCUGAAAGGAACUGGGAAACCGUGGUGGGAUCCGGCGAACGGUGCCUGCCCGGUGACGAAGCGCACUGUGGGGACGGAGCUCUGGCCAGAGACGCUAAGCUGGCCUACCCCAAAGGCGUCGCAGUCUCCAUCGACAACGUCCUCUACUUCGCCGACGGCACCAACAUCAGGAUGGUCGACCGAGACGGCAUCAUCACCACCGUCAUCGGCAACCACAUGCACAGAGCGCACUGGAAACCGAUACCCUGCGAGGGCACGCUCAGCGUGGAGGAGGUGCACCUGCGAUGGCCGACAGAGCUGGCCAUCAAUCCUCUGGACAACAGCUUGCACAUCAUCGACGACCACAUGAUUCUGCAGAUGGCUCCAGACGGCAGGGUGAAGGUGAUCGCCGGCAGACCGCUGCAUUGCCCGUCGCCUCUGUCAGGCUACGACAUGGAGCUGGCCACAUACGCCACGCUCGUGAUGCCGCAGAGCAUCGCAUUCGGCGCCGCCGGCGACUUGUAUGUAGCGGAAAGUGAUUCCCAAAGAAUUAACAGAGUCAGACUGAUAACGACCGACGGCAAGAUAUCGCUGUACGCUGGCGCCGAAUCGAAAUGUAACUGUCUAGAAAGAGGUUGCGAUUGCUUCGAGGCCGAUCACUUCUUGGCUUCCAACUCGAAAUUUAAUACGAUCUCCGCCGUCGCAGUCAGCCCCGAUGGGAUUGUUCAUAUCGCUGACCAAGCUAACUACAGAAUCCGCUCCGUGAUGGCGAGCAUUCCUGACGCAAGCGGAGCCAGAGAGUAUGAAAUUUACUCGCCAGACACACAAGAAAUUUACAUCUUCAAUAGAUUCGGCCAACACAUUAUGACGAAGAAUAUCUUGACGGGUGAAAACAAUUACAUAUUUACGUACACGGUGAAUACGAGUAAUGGUAAACUCAGCACUGUAACGGACGCCGCUGGAAACAAAGUUUUCUUACUACGUGACUAUUCGAGUCUCGUUAACUCCAUUGAAAAUACUAAAGGCCAGAAAUGCAGACUUAAAAUGUCAAGAAUGAAAAUGCUGCAAGAGUUGCGUACACCUGAUAAUUUCAACGUGACAUUCGAUUACCACGGCACCACAGGCUUACUCAAAGCUAAAUACGACAGCACCGGACGCAGCUACAUUUACAAAUACGAUGAAUUCGGUAGACUUACAUCCGCUGUUACCCCUACUGGAAGAAUAAUUACUUUAACGUUUGAUCUGAGCUUAAAGGGAGCAACUGUUCUUGUCAGCGAAAACAAUAAAAAACCUACAUCCAUUUUGAUCAAGGGCUCCUCUGUCAACACGAGAAUAGGAGAAUCGGAGAAGAAGACUAUAAUUUCUACUGACGGCAGUAUUUCAUCAAGUAUGCCUUGGGGCCAUGUCAUUUCAACGGAUACGGUACCUUACACGAUACUCUCGGAGAUUGACCCCAUAUUGGGAGAGAGCUAUCCCGUGCCGGCCAAGCAGAGAACUGAAGUAGGCGGUGACUUGGCAAAUAGAUUUGAAUGGAGAUAUUUCUUGCGAAGAUUGCAGUCUAACAAAGGAAAGAGUAGCAAAGCGGUCGCUCAAAUCGGUCGAAAGUUGAGAGUCAACGGUGAAAACUUGCUGACGCUCGAGUACGAUAGGGACACUUCAACGGUUGCUAUAUUUAUGGACGAUAAAGUAGAAUUGUUGAACGUAACAUAUGACAGGAUGGCGAGACCUGUGCGAUGGGGACCGAGAAGCGGUGUAUUCGCUGAAGUCGAACUCGACUACGAUAGAUUCAACAGACUAACCAGCUGGAGAUGGGGCGAUCUAAAUGAAACGUAUGGAUACGACCGAGCAGGCAGAUUGCACGAGAUACGUUAUGGGGACGGCUCGUCGUUAGCUUACUCCUUCCGUGAUAUGUUCACAAGUCUACCUCUCAAAGUAACGACCCCAAGAGGCAGUGACUACCUCCUCGACUACGACGAUUCUGGUGCACUGCAAAACCUCACCACACCUCGGGGCCACAUUCAUACUUUCGCAUUGAUGACAUCUCUUGGCUUCUUCAAAUAUCAAUACUUUUCACCAAUGAACAGGCAUCCAUACGAAAUUCUAUACAACGACGACGGGCACAUACUGGCAAAAAUAUUCCCUCACCAAUCUGGUAAAAUACUCUACGUCUAUGAUAGCUCUGGAAAAUUAGAAACGGUAUUGGCUGGCGCGUCGGCUAUACGGUACGUGUAUCAUGAAAGCAGUCAUCUAGUCAAGAAUGUCGAAAUAUCGGACCCAGAUUAUGAACUGCGACAAGAUUACAAGUAUCACGCGGGUAUUCUGAAAGACGAAAAGAUGAAAUUCAACUCCAAGAGCGGUCUCAACAAUGCCCACUUUAAAUAUCAGUACGAUGGCAAUGCGCGGCUUUCCACGAUUGACAUGAACAUCAACAGUAAGGAAAUGCCACAGCUACGGCUGAAAUAUAACCAGAACUUGGGUAUACUCGAAGCUGUCAGUGAUUUAAGGAUCUAUAGAAACACCUUCAACCGUUCCGUCAUGCAAGACACAAGCAAACAAUACUUUACGAUCACCGACUACGACGACCACGGUAGAAUUAAGACCGUGCUCAUGAACAUAAAGGCUUUCGACGUGUUCCGCCUUGAAUUGGAAUAUGACGUAAGAAACCGAAUCAAAUCUAAGAAGAUGAUGAUUGGCGACACGUCAUCUAACGAACGAAUCAGUUACAACUACGACGGACAUCUCAUGGAAGUUGUGGGUUCGGAGGACGAUUGGAAAUACGUGUAUGAUGAGAAUGGCAAUGUUAUUGGUGUUAUUGAGCAUGGAGAGAAACGUUACCUUGGCUACGAUAUUGGUGACAGAGUAGUGCAAUACGGAGAUAUUGAAUUCAGUAGCUACGACGGUAGAGGCUUUGUAAUACGGCGCGCUGAACAAAAGUACAGAUACAAUUCUCGAGGGCAAUUCGUUCACGCCUUCGAAAGGGAUAAGUUCCAAGUAUGGUACUAUUACGACGAUAGGAAUAGACUAGUCGCUUGGAAGGAUGAUAAGGAAAACAUCACGCAAUUCUUCUACACCAACCCGCAAACCCCAAAUUUGAUAACUCAUAUGCACCAUCCUAAAACUGAGAAGACUGUGAGAUUGUUGUAUGAUCAACGCAACUUCCUCACUUGUAUCGAAACUGAAGACCAGCGUUUCUACGUCGCAACAGACCACAACGGUUCUCCUUUGGUCGUGUUCGAUAUUAACGGAGAAAUCGUUAAGGAAAUCAAGCGUAGUCCAUUCGGAAAAAUUGUGAAAGAUACCAAUCCCGGCUUAUACGUGCCCGUAGACUUCCAGGGUGGUAUAUUAGACUACAACACCAACCUUAUAUAUCUGGAAAACCGUUUAUACGAUCCGGUUGUGGGACAAUGGAUGACGCCGAGCUGGGAACACCUUGCGACUAAACUGAGUCUUCCAACGGACAUAUUCAUUUACAGAUUUAGAAACAAUGAUCCCAUAAAUAGGAACCAGAACGUUCCAUACAUGACCAGCUUGUCAAGUUGGCUUGCACUAUACGGAUACGAUUUGAACAAAAUGAUGGGUUCGAAAUAUAUAACCGAUAUGAUCUUUACGCCGAAGACAUCUGUAACCGCUCCCCAGCUUGCGCCUGACUUCGGAGUUAUGUCUGGACUGCAGUGUAUCAUUGAAAAGGUGAACGAUAAACUGGCAGACUUAGAAUUUGUUCCCACACCAUUACUGAAGAUGGAGCCCAUAACCAGGAACCUUCUUCCGAGAGUAUCAUACAAGCGAGGCGUGUUUGGUGAAGGAGUCUUAAUAUCGAGAGUAGACGGCAAAGCCUACAUCAGCGUCGCCGACGGCGCUAACAGCGUGGUCGAAGAUGUUAUCACCACCGUAUUCAACAACUCCUACUUCCUGGACGUACACUUCAGCAUUCACGAUCAGGACGUUUUCUACUUCGUGAAGGACAAUUCAUUGAAGAUAAGAGACGAUAUGGACGAGUUGCGGCGGCUUUCCGGCAAGUUUAACGUGUCGCAGGACGAAACCAACGACCAAGGAUUAGAGGUGCGCGUGCACGCGGUGGGCGCGGGCGCGGGCGCGGCGCAGGCGGUGAUCGUGCUGCGCUACGGCGUGGAGCCGGCGCAGGAGCGCGCCAAGCUGCUGAAGCACGCGCACAAGCGCGCCGCCGCGCGCGCGUGGGAGCGCGAGAAGGCGCUGGUGGCGGCGGGCUGGGAGGGCCGCGCCGCCUGGAGCGAGGAGGAGAAGGAGGAGCUCAUCUCGCACGGCGUGGUGGACGGCUGGGCGGCGCGCGACGUGCACCCCGUGGGCCGCUACCCGCAGCUGGCGGACGACCCCGCCAACGUCGCCUUCGUGCGCGACGCGCGCCGCAAGCGCCGCCGCAGCGGCCGCGCGCGCCACCGCUCGUGACUGCGCGGAGCAACCGCCCGGCUCCGCGUUACGGCUCGAGAUCCGUGACCGGCAUAAUAUAUUGAAACGAUGAUACUCAUUUACGAUCACAAUUUUUUACCCUUUUUUAUUGUUUUACGGCGCCCUGUAUCCUAUAUACGAAUCGCUUCUAUUGAUUCUUUACUUCUUCGAAGUGUCGUGUACUCCUAUGAUAUUUUUAGCCAAAUAUUUCGUUCUAUCACUUGUCUUUGAGUGUUGUAAAUAAUAUUUUAUUCUUGUAGUCGGUUCCUUUUAACGAUAGACCUAAGGUCUUUUUACUUCGCAAUACUAUUACUAUUUAAGCAAUAAUUUUAUCAUUAUAAAAAAUAUGUAAUGUUAGGUUUUUAUAAUUCAUUAAACCUACGUAAGAUAGUCCCGUGUCGAAACUCAUAUCAAGCCGUUUCACUGAAUACGGUUCCUUCAGAUCUUAAUCCUAGCCCAUAUAGAUAAAACUUCAUGUUCUCCUUCCUAAUUUUCUUCAAUUUUCUCCCAGAGAAAGGCCUACAAUAGAUUUUACUAGUAUUUCUGUUCCACACCUCCAAUUUUUCUAAUAAUAAAUAGAUUGUUUACGCACUGGUUAUUUUAAUGUAUAUUUUAUAUCGAGUUACUUUAACUAACAUGGUCUCGUUACAAAUUAACGUAAGUUGAAACUUGAAUACGUACAAUGUAUGUGUUGUACAAUAAUCGUAUUAGACUAUUAUCAGUGUAGAGAUAACUUCUUGCUGACUUAUCCAUCGCCAUUAUAGACUGAAAUUUAUGUGAUUUACGCGCAAAAAUACUCAAUUUUUAUAUUUUGCCAAAUGUUAUUAAUAAGGACUUGUAUUAUUCAUUUUUAAUAUAAUAAUCUUAUGCGUUUUUGUUAGUGUCGAAUGAUAUUAUUACCAUUAUUGAUUGCAAUCCGACAUAAGUCAGCAAGAACGAAUGUAUUAAAUCGCGUAGUUUCAUAGUGUUUGUCCAUAAAUGUUUCAUUUAAAUUGUGGUGUCUACUCUGUGUUAGAGGUAUCAUUUAAAUGCUAGAUGACUGAAUGAUAGGCGUGGAAUAUUUUUUACGAAAAGUUUAUAAAAAUAAUAUAAAAAGUUAAUGAAAUAAAUUUUUAAUCUACGUACGCUCCGCAGCAAGCGGGCCUACAUGGUGAUAUUUUUGCAAAAUGUGACUAAACGAAGCAAUACUUUGUAAUGUAAUACGUCUUAUCCUUUAUUUAGUAACUUUAAGGUGUAAUUUUUUAUUUAUAACUAAUGUAAUAAUAUAUAUGAUAUUUAUAUCUAUUGUGAAUGUAGUUAUUGAUUUCGCGGUGAUAUAUAAUAGAGCGUAUUAUCUUUUUUAUAAUGUAUAAAGAUUCUAAUUUGUAAAUAGGUACUUAAAAGUUGUAACGUGUAAAAAAUAAUUGUACAUAUCUUUACGCUUGAAUUAUUUAUGUAACUAAGUAAGGUUAGGCUAACGUAUCGUAAUAACGUCAGGCUAGGUGCAGUUUCGGGGCUUUAGUCAAACUUGCUGAUCGGUUGGAUAUCCACACACUUACAAGCGCUGUAUAAUCAUUUGAAACGUUCAUUUUAUACUGUUUACCGGCUAACAAAUCGAUCAGACAACUCUAGCGUCAACAACCUUACCAUAGACUAAGCUUCUAGAAUAUUAGUGAGCUUGAGAAUGCGAUUGCAUUUAAUAAGUAGAUUCCUCUGCCGCAUUUAAUUUAUACUGUUGUAGAUAUGGCGUAGAGCCGGAUUAUGUGUAUUAUAGUCUGCAGUCAGUCGUGUAAGUUGAUAGCUCGUGCGUGCCGUGUAAGCAUGUACGAUAAUAAAUAUAGUAUUCUAAUGGAAUAUGUAAUAAAAAGUAAUAAACUGUAAA